AGUCACGGUCAGGGUAAAAGAUGGCUGCGCCCGAAGAGUUGUUUUGCUGGGAAGGAGACUGGGGCUUACCGUCCGUCAGCACCGACUGUCUGGUGGUUCUGGCCUACGCUCAGUUCGCUGGAGCUCCGAUGAAACUUCGAAAGAUCUGCAACCCGUGGAGGAGUCCGAGCGGGUCACUUCCUGCUCUGAAGACCAAUCAGAAGGAGACGCUGUCCCGACCCGCUGACAUCAUCAUCCACCUGAGAAAACAGAAAUACAACGCAGACUACGAUCUGUCGGCCAAGGAGGGCGCUGACAGCCUGGCCUUCAUCUCUCUGAUGGAGGAGAAACUUGUGCCGGCUCUGAUCUACACGUUCUGGGUGGAGCCCAAGAACUACGUAGACGUGACUCGCCGCUGGUACGCCGAGCACAUGGCAUUUCCUCUGAACUUCUUCCUGCCGGGCCGGAUGCAGAGCCGACAGCUGGAGAAACUGCGACUGCUGAGAGGAGCCGAGAACCUGGAGGCUGGAGAGGAGCUGGAGAAGGAGUUGUUCCGUGACGCUACAGAGUGCAUGAACCUGCUGUCUCAGCGACUCGGAGCCCAGAAGUUCUUCUUUGGAGACUCACCUUCAUCUCUGGACGCCUACGUGUUCGGCCACCUGGCCCCCGUCCUCAAAUGCAAACUGCCGAACGGAAAGCUGCAGCAGCACCUGAAGACCCUGGAGAACCUGACGGACUUCUGCAGCAACAUCCUGCUGCUCUACUUCCCCAGAGACGGUCGAGAAAACGCUGGUCCAAAGGCGGCGCCGCAGCCGGACGGGGGAGACUUCGACGGCGUCCCGAACAAGCGCAGGAAGCAGCUGCUGUCGGCGCUGGUGGCUCUGGGCGCCAUGCUGGGCUACGCCCUCCUGACCGGCAUGGUGUCCAUCCAACCCAUCCACCAGGAGGCGCUGGAGGAGCCGCCGGACCUGGAGGCCAUCGGACCCCACGACCACGAGGAGGACGGAGGCGGUUGACGUCUCGAGGACGUCCCGGGACUUUUAAAAAUAUUCAGAAGGAUUGAUCCGAGCUGCAGGAAACACUUGAUAAGUUCUGGACACUCAGAGGCUCUGAGAGGACAGGAAGUGGACCAGAACCAGUGUGUGUACAGGUCACCCCAUCAUUA